AUGGCGUGGUCUGCUAUAAAGCGCAGACAAUUGGAGGAUGGUUUUGGUUCCUUUGAGUUUCAGUUUCAGACCCAGAAGAGGAUAAGGUCUUCUAGGGUUUCUGAGACCCAAUGGAAUGUAGCCGUUGAGGAAAAGUCGACCGUUGGUCUUCCUCUGCGCAAGGGUCUGGCUUCGUCUGCUACAAAAAAUGCCGACCCAGAAUCAGAAGAUCUGGGUGUUGAUGAAAUCUGUCAGACCCAGAAGAGGAAGAGGUCUUCUAGGGUUUCUGAGACCCAACGGAAUGUAGCCGUUGAAAAAAAGUCGACUGUUGGUCUUCCUCUGUGCAUGGGUUUGGCUUCGUCUGCUACAAAAAAUGCCAACCCGGAAUCAGAAGAGGGUUUUGAUGAAAUCUGUCAAACCCAGAAGAGGAAGAGGUCUUCUAGGGUUUCUGAGACCCAACGGAAGGAAAAGUCGACUGUUGGUCUUCCUCUGCGCAAAGUCAAAGUUUUGGUUUCGUCUGCUUCAAAAGAGACGUUGGAUUGUUCUAAGGUCUUGGAUUCUCUGAUGAACCUCGGCCAUGCGAGCUACUUCAACAAGCCUGUUGUUGAUCCUGUGGCUGAGAAUUUGCCGGGUUAUUUCGACGAAAUCUGGAGGCCGAUGGAUUUGGGUACUGUGAAAUCGAAAUUGGAGAAGGGUGUCUACUCCAGCGCUGAUGGCUUUGCUGCUGAUGUCAGGCUUAUCUUCUCAAACGCUUUCAGAUAUUUCCCCCUUGGGAGUAGAAAUCGUGCAGCAGCCAAGCAUCUCAGUGGGGUUUUUGAGACCCAGUGGAAAGAAGCCGAGGAGAAAAUGUCAAAGACUGCUUGUCCUCCUCCUACUCCUCCUCUGCCCAAACGGAGACCAAAUGGCAAGAGCUCUUCUGCUUGUAGGGCUCUUAUACAAAGUCAAGAGGUUGUUGGGGUUUCUGAUUCUCACUCAGCUAAGUCAACCAAAGAUGAUGACUUGGGCACCCUUGUUCAUCAUGCCAUGUAUCAGGCCACAGACAAUCUUUCUCCAUGUAAGGCUAGGCGAAUUCAGUCGCUCAAGAUGCGAUUUUCAGGUACAAUACGAAAAGCAAACAAGAUACUUAAGGGUCUACCUGAUUCUCCACCAAGGAGAAAAUUGAUGCAUCGGAUGGAUCAAAGGGAAUUGGCUCGCCGUGCCGUUUUGAACAUGGAGAAGUCAGUCCAAUUUGAGGACCCUUUAAGGGAUGUCAAACAACUUGAGAUUCUGUGUGGCUGUGGCAGUGAAAGGGUCUACCUUGGAUUGCCUCUUAAGCAUUUGGGUUUGUACCUCAAAGAAGAUGACGAGUUACAGGGUCAGGACGAGGAGGCUUUUCUGAAUGCAGAUCCGGAGGAAGGCGAGAUCUGCUGGCAGGAAAGCGAUUGGGAGGAAGGUGAGAUCCACUCAUGA